GGAAGCAGUGGAAUAAUGAGCCUGGGCGCGCUGGACUGGAGAGAUAAGGCAUGAGAUAGGAAUUGAUUACGUACAAUAAAACCAUCUCCACACACUAACACAAAGGGUUCAGAAGCUCAGGUCUCAGCGAAAGCUCCGGCACAGUGGACGUCUGAAGCAGUACCCGCUUGGAACUAUUCGAAAUUUGCAGAAUCGGUGGAAAGCGUCGGGAUGGUGGAGAACUCCGCUAACAGCAAGGGUCAAAUGCCUGGUCUGACCCCUGAGGGAUUGAGCAUGGUAUUGCCUGGAAGCCCUUCAUUCUCCCCCCACCACGCAGGCGUCAAGCUGGAGGCGGUAAUGGAGCAGCUCCAAAGGCAGCAGCAAGCCCGUCUGGAGAUGGAGCACCAAGAGCGGAAUGAGCGGCACGUUCGCGAGGCCCACAUCAGAUAUGCCCAGCAGGUAGCAGCUCAGCAGGCCGUCCAAGCUGCAGUAAGGGCCUCGGGGAAUCAGCUGCCUUCGGGACUCCUUCACAGGGGCCUGUCUGCGCUAGUGGUGGGGGGCCAGAGAUCCUCAGAUCAGAGCAGCGUGGACGAGGAGGUGGACGAGGAGAGGGGCCUAGAGUCUGGGGAUGAUGAGGAGGAGUUGGAACAGGAUGAGGAGCUGGCAGAAGUGAGCGAGGAGGAGGAGGAGGAAGAAGAAGAAGUAGAAGAAGAAGAAGAAGGUAGUGGAGGUGGGGCUGUUGCGUUGGAAUACCUCCGGAAACAGACCCUGGCUUUGCAGACGGUCCACAGACUGCUGCCCCCCACCCAUCCGUCUCCCCCAGGCCCCCCUCCUCCCGUUGUAGAGGUAAAGCAGGAGCUGGGUGAGGAGAGCCACACUCCGGGGGAGCAGACAUCAGGAUCCCCGAGCGGGCAGCCAGACUGGAGCUACGAUGAGCAGCUCAAACAGAAUGGGAGUCUGGCAUGGAGCGAUGAAGCUGAUGGGGGCCGAGGAGGAGGAGGAGAGGCAUCGCGAGACUUUGCCAAGGUUAGAUGGGAUUCUUCUGUGCUAGACAAAAAGUCCAACGACUUUGACAGGGAAGGACAGAAAAUGCUUUAUGAACUCGACGGCGAUCCCAAGAGGAAAGAGUUCUUGGAUGAUCUCUUCACCUUCAUGCAGAAGAGAGGCACUCCGGUGAACAGAAUUCCCAUCAUGGCGAAGCAGGUCCUGGACUUGUACACACUCUACAAGCUGGUGACGGAGAAGGGAGGACUGGUGGAGGUGAUCAACAAAAAGAUCUGGAGGGAGAUCACCAAGGGACUCAGCCUGCCCACUUCAAUAACUAGCGCUGCCUUCACUCUCCGGACACAGUAUAUGAAGUACCUCUACCCCUACGAGUGUGAAAAGAAAGGCCUCAGCUCUCCGGUGGAGCUGCAGGCUGCCAUCGACAGCAACAGACGGGAAGGCCGGCGGCCGAGCUACACCUCUACUCUCUUCGGCUACUCCCCAACACCCUCCGGGACCCCGCACAUCCUGUCUUCCCCUAAAAUGCACCUCCCCACUGUGGGGGCAAACAACGGGCUGCACCUCUCCCCCGGCCAGCCUAUAAAGAAAGAAGACGGGAUGUCAGCCGUGCUGCUGUCGAGCCGCCUUCCCAUGGCCAUGGCACUGGGCCACCAGCAGAUGGCAGGCUUGGCCCGAGCUGCCACGCUCGAGCAGCUGCGGGAGAAGCUUGAGACGGGCGAGCCCCCGGAGAGGAAGAUGGCACGGGUAGCAGAGGAGCAACAGCGACUCAUCCAGCAUGCCUUCCAGCAGAACCUCCUUGCCAUGGCAACGCAGAUGCCAAUGAACAUCAGAAUCAACAACCGUGAAGACAGCAGCAAGCAGGGCAUGGCGUUGAGCAUUUCAGCGAGUGGCACGCACAGCAUCAGCAUGUCAGUGGAGGUUAAUGGCACCGUCUUCUCCGGUGUCUUGUUUGCUCAGAAGCCGGCAGCAGCAGCAGCCCCAGGUCCGAGUGGCGGUUUCGGGAUCCUCUCUUCCUCUCACAGUCCCACCUCCUCCAAGGCGCCCAGCUCUGCAGAACUCUCCACCAGUGGCUCCCCCUAGAGGCCACACCUUGCAGGGGGGGUGUUAGUGUAGAAAGGGUGAGAGGGGGAGGGGAGGGGGGACGCAAGGAUUUGUUGGCAGUUCUCUAUAAAAAUAUAUAUAUAUAUUAUAUUAACCAUGGCAGGGAUUUACAGACUUGCACAACUAUUACCUCAUCAACUCGUCUGACCUGUCUGUCUUCAUAGAUGCACAGCCAAAAGAUGGGCGAAUUGAACUUGAAGAUUUUUUAUUGUUGUUUUUCUAUAUUACAUACCUCAACCAUUUUGCAAUGCUAAUACCUCAAUGGGCUGUAGUUUACAAUGACUGUUUAUCGAAUCUCUUCUUAGUAUUACAAGUGCUCUUUAAACUGGAGGAGAGCGGGGCUGCAUAUCUCAGACCCAGCCACCAUUAACAGCCUCUCAUUUCCAGUGCUCGGCCAGCCCUGCAAGAGCCAACACAACUCUUUGAAAAGCAUAGGAGUUGAAUUCAGGUCCUAAAACCAAUGCUGCGUCAACUGCAACUCCUCUGAUUUUGAAGAGAACCCAAAAUGCACCUUAACCAGAACACCCUUGCCAUGAGUGAGGAGACCCAGGUCUUCGGGUUCACAGUGCAGCGUGCUGUCUCUCUCGUAUCGUAGCAUAUAGGCUUGCAUGAGUGAGGAGACCCUGGUCUUUGGGUUCACAGUGCAGCGUUCUGUCUCUCUCGUAUCGUAGCAUACAGGCUUGCAUGAGUGAGGAGACCCUGGUCUUCGGGUUCACAGUGCAGCUUGCUGUCUCUCUCGUAUCGUAGCAUGCAGGCACCACUUUCUGCUUAGCUUGGUCAGCUAGCCUCAUAAAUCUAGUAACCAGACUGCCAUGUUUGUGGAUCCAGCAGGUUUAUUAGUGUGGUUAAGGUGCUUUUUAGGGGGACUGGGAGCUUUAUAAAACUGUAAAUCAGUGUGCAGCUACAGUUCAAAUUGAACUGUUUCCCUUGUUCUGCUUUACCAGAAAAGGUCGUCUCAGGAAUAUGCUGGUACAUUUACAUUUUUUAAAAUAUUGGGCUAUAAAAAUAUUUCCUACCGCAUAGUCACUUACAGAGCUAUUCAAGUAUAUCUCUCUGACGUUGUGGCCAAAUUUUAUUUUUCUCUCUAUCUUUCUAUCUUUCUGAUCAGUUUGACGUUCUUUAUAAUGCUUGUUGAAUUUGUAAUGUACUUGUUGAUGUUUAUUGAAAACCAAAGAAGACAAAAAAAAAAAAAAGAUAACCUGCCCCACACUUCAAAUGGGAGCUCAUUCAGACUUCAGUAUGGAUUCAUGUUUGUAGUUGAUUUCAUAAUGGCAGGACUGCUGGAAGCUCCUUUGUUGGAUUGUGUAACAUUUGAAGAUUUGGGGGUGUUGUAUGCAGUAUCACAGUUGCCAGUAUUUUAGAUGCAACUUAGCCAGUCUGCUUGUGAAUGACUCGGUCUUGCACAGUUAAGUACUAAAGAUAUGGGAUCUUCAUAAACAAAAUACCUCAAUGUCUGCAAGAAAGCAGGGCCUUGUGUGGCUUCAUUUGACAGCUGAGGGUGUCGGGGGAGCUCAGUGCCUUCAAGGGUCUUGAAGAAAAGGUGGUCAGAAGGUGGUUAUUAGUAAAAGCUAAAUCUCCUUUACAAGUAUUAAAUCAUGGCUAGAAAACUUUACAUCUAUGGCCAAAAGUUUUCCAUCACCUAAAAUUUUAGAAUUGAGCAAUUAAAGCAAA